AUGACGGCCCCUGCCAGCGGGCUGCAGUACCGGCCGCAGCCACACGGGGGCAGCGCGCAGGCGCCCGCCCGCCCGCACACCCACCCACAGGCGGGAGGGCCCCGCUCCCACGGAGCACCGACCCGCGAGAAAGAAAACUUGAGAGACCUGUUGAACAUACAGAAAUUACACAAAGAAAUACCAAUUCAAGACAAUUCGAGAAUUACUAAAUGCACAGAAACCACACCUGGCUUCGGAAGUCCCCACACAGAUGACAGGGAGGCUAUUUGCCUUGUUCCUGACCUCUUCCUCAGGCAUUCACUUUUGGCCACGCACCUCGGAGCGACUCCAUCAGCGAGGCGCUGCACAUGGAGCGCACACACGUCUCCUAGUUUGCCGCUCGAGUCUCCCAAGUUUCCCCCGAAGGCGGGGGAGCGGGCCAGCUGCGCCGAGGGCGGCACGGGCGGCCGGGGGCGUCGCUGCUCGCCCGCGCCGCCCUCCGCACCAGGAGCCGGGACGCGCGUUUCUCCGCCGGAGCCCCCGGGCACCCCCAGGCGGGGCGGGGCCGGGAACAAAGCCCGGCUCCGUGCCACCCUCCCCGUUCCGUCCCGCCAUUCCCGGCCCGCCUGGCCCGCUCCCAGCCCCGCCAUCCCCUGCGGCAGCGGCUGCCGGCGGCUGCGCGGCCCCGCUGUCCCGGGGGGUGGCCGGAGCCGGCCGGACGGGUGCGGGAGCGGGGCGGGAGCAGCCCGGCGGCGGCCGCCCCUUUACGCUCCUAGCCCGGAGCGGCGAGGACGGGGGCCGGGCCAGCGCCAGGGGCCGCAAAGCACAACCCGCGAGCUCCGCUCCCGUCGGGGCAAGGCGCCCUCUCCUCCCUCCGAUCAGCCACGACCGGAUCCCGGCUGCGCCGCCGCCUCACCUCUCCCACCGGUGGAAGCUGCCGCAGCCCCGGGCGCCGCCGCCUACCUCAGCGCGGCUGCGGUCCCCCCCACACUUCAGAGCGACCCCGGUGGGACCCAGCGAGCGACGCACGCCACCGGCAUCCCCCGCCGGCUUUAUCCCGACGCCGCCUCUCCCCUCCGGCACCUCGACGUCCCGGCGCGGCGCUCCCGCCCCCCCCGCCGCCCCAUUGGCACGCGCGGCCCCGCCCGGCCCCGGCGCUCACUGGGGCAGGCGCGCAGCACUCACAAGGCCCCGCCCCCGCGCUGCCUCCCCGUUGGCUCCCGAGCGCCCGGCCCGCCCUCGAGGCACCGCCCUCCACACUUCAGCCAAUCGCAAGGUGGUGAGGGGCGAGCCGGGUCCCGAUUGGCGGUGCCCCCUCUUCCCGUGGCUGUGAUAGGCCGGGGUGGCGGCCGGGCCCGCCCCCGGAGCGCUCCGGGCACCACUCCCCUCGUGCCGCCCGGGCAGGCACCGGGCCCCGGCGGCUCCGAGGAGUCCCGCACGGAGCCCGGCCGGCCCGGCGGGGACGGCGGCCCCGGCAUGCCUCCGAGCCGCCGGAGAGAGCAGGACCGAUCGCUGCCGUUAAGAAGGCCGGUAUAA